AACUAUAAGUACUUAUCCUUCUUCAGAUUUCGUGCCCUAAAUUCGUUUUCAAAUCCGGAAUUCUCCUUCGAUAGCCGUAAUAGCCAUGCUCAUCGAACUCUCGGCUCUUCUAUUUCAUACUUCUCUCUCAUUUUGCCUCUCAUUCUCUCACAAUACUCACGCUCGAUUUCAUGUUAAUUAUAAUAAUUUGUUGUAUUGUUGCUGUAGCUGCGUUGUCCGCUGAUGGAUGCGGUGGAGCUUGAAUAUCCGGUGGAUGUUCCGAAAUUCAUAGGAUCUGAUGGUUUCGGCAGAGCUAGUGUUACAGUCAACGAGGUCGUCGCUUGCGAGUCGAACACUCGCGGUGUUUCGAUUAUUGCGAAGUCUUCGAUUGAACGAUGUAGUACUUUUCUUAGACAAAAAGAUGCGACAAGUACUGUUAAUGGUUCGGAGUCAACAUGGGAUGAGAUUCAGGCGACUGAAAUUCGUAAACAUGAUAAUCAGUUACCCAAUCGUCUUGUCAGAGACUCAUCUGAACAGCUUAAAAAUAGGAGCCCCAGUUGUCCUUCAACUUCUAGGUCUGAAGUACAACGAAAACCAGGGAAAAUGUUUAGAAGUAGUAGUGGAUGCUCAAAGAGACCACGCAUGACUCAAUCAGAAGAUAACAUGAGUUCAACUAGAGUCGAUGACAUAAAGGAUAUAUCCGUUAAUGUAGAACCUUAUCCGACUACAAAAUGCAAUCCUCUAGAGAAAAGUCAAAUUGUGAAACAAAAGAGCAAUGUUAAUGGCAAGCGAAGUGAUAAGAGAAAUUUCAAAAAUUCUAUGAAAGGCAAUUAUGAUUCCUUAUUUGUGAAGGCUGGUUUGGUGAGCUUCUGUUCAGCUGCUGGAGGGAACAGCUUUUUUGGAGCAUAUGGUCUGAAGUCAGAUAUUGAUGAAAUCACAAAACAUGUUGAUGAUUUGUUAUUGAGAGACCUCCUUGAUGGCACUUACAAGUGUCCUAGUCUAGGCAAUGACAAGGGGAAAAAAGCAACAAAUGUGAAUGAAAAUUUUGUGCAAUCAGUUAGAAAGGCGUGCUCUAUUCUUCCACUUGCAAAGACUCCUCUGUCCCAAAAUUUUACUGAGAUGGAUAGCUGUACCAACAAGAAACCAGUUGUCUGUACUCCAAACUCCAUUUCAUCUGUAUCAGGUGGUGUCAAUGUUGAUAAAGGAGAUUCCUGCACACCAAAUCUGUCAUCAUGCAACAAGAAGUGUUGUGACAAGCCUGGAACUGCUGCGAACCUUUAUUUUCCAUUAUAUCAACCAAAAGUUAUUUUGGAAAAGUUGGCACUUCCUCCACCCAAGAAUUUGGAGGCCUUGCUUCUGGAUGCAGCCAAGCCUUCAGCAUCUUCAAGAAACAAUUCUGAUGUACGUUCAGGCAAGCACAUUUCUUCUAGGGCUAGCCUGCCACCAUUUCCUUGGUCACAUACUUAUAAUGGGAACUGUAGAACCAAUUCUGAUGCAGUUAAGCUUUUAACAAGUAGAAGCACAUGCCAAGGUCAAUGGGCUAGAAUAGAUAGUAGUGCGACUCUUGGGGCUUCAACUGAUUGUUUUACAAACUUGGAGUUGCUCACUUAUGAUCAGAGUCUUGUUCCCCCAUCUACAUCUGGUAGCACUCCCUGGUGUGAGUGGGGUUCACCAUCUAUUGAUACAGGUUUCAAAUCUUCUCUUCUUAAUCCUGCUGGACACUGCCCAAGAGUUGUAGCUGCUGCUCAAACUCUGUGUGACAUGGCAGCUCCAUCCUUGAGACAAAAGCCAAUAUGGCCAAAGAAGCCGUGCCAGAAGGCUAUGAAGGCUGGAAAGCCAAAAUCAUUUGAGAAACCUGAAGUAUUUAUUACACAGUUUUCAAAAUCAGCAUCUGGCAAUUUGGUGAGAAGAGGUAUCAACCAGAUAACGCCCCUUAAGAGGCCUAAGCUCAGUACGAUGGAGAAUAAGAAGAAUCCAUCUCAUACCAGUACAGUAGUAUCAGAAAAGGACUAAUAAAUUGCUCCGCCCCAAGAUCUAGUAGAUCAUCACCCAGUAAAUCAGUUAGGACUCAAUUGUAGAAACAAAACAUUCUACUACCGACAAUUUGAGGCAGCAGUCAUGUAUGAUGCCGCUGCUGCCUUCUCAAGUUUUGGAUAAGGCUUGCAACAGUCAACACAAAAUGCAUAAAAUAAUGUCGGUGGAUUGAGAUACGGGGAGGAACAGGGCAGAUUGAUGAAAUGGUUGGCUUGUACAUAUCGGAUUCCAGGUGAGAUGAAAUAGUAAUAAGGGAUGUCACAGGAGAUGAAAGGGGAUUGUUGUAAGGAUUCUCCUUAUACAGACAGGGUUCCAGUGUUGUAACAUUAAAGCAAAGUUGUAGAAAAACAGUAGAAAAUUCUUUGCCUUGUGUAGAACAUUGGAUGAGGCAAUAGAAAAGUCCGUGCAAUCA